AUGUUCCAACUGGGAUUAGCUAUUUGGCGAAUUGUAAAUAAGUUGCUUUUGCUUUCUAUAGGGCCAAGUAACGCUGUGUCGCGAUCAGCCAAUGUGAACAUCUCGACAGAGGACAUGGGAAUCUCACUCUGCUUUCAGACUCCUGCCAAGGAUGUUUGGGGACCUAGUGAUUAUUUCGAAAUCGAACCUACUGACCAGGAAUGUCAACCUCCAUCGGAUUCUGUCGGGCCAUUUAUUAAGGAGAAGGAACAGAAGCAGCAACUAUCGGCACCACCCUGUGCUCGGGAAGCUCUCAAGCCUAUUCGAGCUUUUAGUUUCAAUCAUCAUGUUCCUGUGAUAAACUUGAGCGAUGGUGUGAAUUUUCGUCUCUUUUUUGUAUCUGGUCAUCUUGCUGUGAUUUAUGACGUUAAGAAAAAUGAACAACACAUUCUCCGUGGACAUGUGAACACGAUAGUGUGCGCAUGUGCAAGCAGGGACCGUCGUUGGUUGAGCACAGGAGACCGAGGACCUGAUAGUGCGGUGAUAGUAUGGGAUUCACGCAGCCGCUUGCCGGUUCGUUGCCUCUUUGGACUUCAUCGUGAUGGAGUAGUGGGACUCCGCCUUUCUCCCGACGCGCGCUAUUUGGCUACUCUGAGCACGGAUUCCAAGCACCAGGUCCUUGCUGUAUGGAACUGGACUAGUUCCAUUGAGCAGCCCCUCUGCUAUACGCAACUAGAAACUGACAAGUUUGGUGUACAGGUUCACGUCGCCUUCAGGCCAAAUAAUUACUUUCAGGUUAUGUCGAAUAGCGGAACUCAUGUUGUGUUUUAUGAUUGGACACUAGGAGGAUGCAUGACCUCAUACUCACCCCCUCUACACUCGUCAACUUUCCGGACUAACUACGGCAGCUUCGUCAUGUCUACCUACGUUCCGGACACAGAUAUGGCAAUAACUGCUACUAGCAGGGGCUACAUCGUUGUUUGGGAAAAGAGGUGGUGGGCUAAAAAGGACUUGAAGGAAUCCUCGUGCUAUAGAACUGCAACAAGGUUGGUUCCUCUGCACCAGGUGGGCAUCACCUUCCUUACCAUCACUUCUUGCGUAUCGUCCAAGAUAGCAGUCGUUACGGGCGAUGAAAGUGGUCAGAUUCGAUUCUCCGACUCAAAAUUUAAGCUCCUUCAUUGGCAUCACAACCUCAAAUUUGGUCCCAUUUCGUCAGUCAGUUUUGCUGAGACAGGACUCUUCAAUGUAUGCAGCGUGUUUGAAAAAUUAAAUCGACAGCACCCACUAACGUGUUGUUAUGUUGUACGUAGUGGCUUGGAGGAAUUCAGUGUACAGAAGGAGCAUGUAGACACCCUGGAUCCAAAGCUUGCUUUUAUUACUGAGGAUUUUGUUAUCAGUACAGCAGAGGCCAUCAUACUGAGUCUUCAAAUUGAAAGAAAAGUUGUUAAGCUUCUUGAGAGGGACCAGUGUGCUACAGUCAACGGUAUCGCCGCUCAUCCAUUCCGGGAUUUAAUUACUACAGUCGGUCAUAGCGGCAUGAUAAAGACUUGGAACUAUAAGUGGCUAGUGCCUGUUCGCACGCGAAUACUUGAAAAUGAGCAGCUGAACACUUGCGCUUUUGAUCCUUAUGGCAGCUUCCUCGCCGUCGGUUGUACUUCUGGUCGCGUUGUUUUCCUCGAUGCCGUCACGCUUGAUGACAUUAAACAACCUCCUUUCGAUUACGCUAAAGGAAUUGUUAAGAAAAUUGCCUUCAGUUCCGAUAGCACCUACUGUGCCUACAUUGACACACAACACUCAACCACACUGCUACGAAGGAGGCACACCGGUAACCCUGUGGAUCGAAAAUGGACCUUCUCUGGACGAUACCGAGGCCAUGGCGACAACAUUGUGGACAUACUCUUCAAAACAUCUAGCAAUGAUGCCACUCCGAGGCUCUUUACCCUGGGUGAGGACCGAAUGCUGAUUGAAUACGACGUACUGAGGGCAAAGCACAACGUACUUCCACUGAAGCGAAGAAUGAAAGUUGAGCACAUUGCAAAGCCCCAGUGCUUUGUCUCAAUGGAGGAUUUUUACCCUGAGAAUUUCAUUUGCUAUGCCAAUUCAGAUUCGAAAUUCCGACUCCUCGAUGCCGAUGCGUUGGCUAUUCGAAAAACCGUAAUGGCCCCCGUGAAAGAUGCUCCUUUUGUUCGCUUGGCAAUUUUGCCAGAAAAGGAUGACUUCCCUUCUCCUCCCUGUACGCCAACCGUUAUCGGGAAGUCCUCCAUCAAGGGUUGUUUAGUCUUUCUAACGAACGAACAAUUGGGAUUGGUUUUGGUUCCAUUAGAUGGCGAUCCCUACAAGGCUACUAAUAUAAUUGCCCACCCCUGUAACGAGCACGGCACUGGGUACGCCUCUGACCUUGCGGUCUCUCGGGACUUUCGAUUUAUCUUCACUACUGGCGGCCCGGACAACACAAUGCACAUGUGGAGGGCGGAUUUGGGAGUCAUCGUUGCUCAAACUCAUCUGUAUUGCAAUCCAAUGCAGCCUUUCUACGAUAUGCUCACGGCAGAAGAGUUGAAUGAUAUGAAGGAUUACUUUUAUUUGUCAUUGCUGCGAGUUCAAGGGAUCUCCUGCACUCAAACAAGACUAACAUCAUGUACAGUUCCUGUCACCGAGUUGCCCUACCUCACGAGAGCGAUGGGCCUCUUUGCGACCGAUGCUGAUGUAGAAAAUAUGAUGAAUGAGAUAAAAUAUUCCAGGUUCGGGUCCACGGGACGUUACAUCACUGAGUUCGAUUUCGAUACACUUGUAAAGCUCUUCGUGAACUAUCGAGUGCCGUACAGUGGCGUUUCUCUAGAUGAUAUCCAGACAGCAUUUACGGCCAUAGUGGAGGCGGCGAAACCUCAUGAACCUCAUUGCCCGUUCUAUGGGCUCUGCGCAGAGCAUCUAGGACCAAAACUUCAGCAGGUUAAUCUUCUGAGGCUACUGCAGACCGUCGGUGAGCCUAUCCGUCAUAACGAGCUGGUUGAGGCGUUGUCUGUGCUUCUGGGACUGGCACCAAUCGCGGGAAAGGCUGAGGAUGCCUGCGCUUUGAGGAAUCUAACGGUUUCACGGGAAAUUGAAGAACGGCUUCCAACUUGCAUCAAAGCUGAUGAAUUUUACAGAACUUUGCUUGCCAUGGAAGCGUGUAGCAGCGCUUCUCCCGAACUUUCAAAUAUCAGACGUCAGAUAGAUGUCAAGUCGCUCCUGUCGACACAUGGCUGCCGUUCCUAA